AUGAUAAGUGUGUUCAUUGUAUACAUACUUACACCCACUCUCAAAAUAACUCAGAAUAUCUUUCGAGAAACAGCCGAUGCUUAUAAAUAUGAUAAUAAAGCACGACGAAUUGCUUCAUCAUUACUCGAAACUUUUACUCUCUCUGACCUUUUCAUUCAAUUUCUUCUCACAUAUGCAAGCAGUAGUAUUUUAAAUUUACAAGGUGGUCCAAGUCAAUUUCGCAAUUUUGUUGAUUCACCAAUCAUAGCAAAUACAAGUGGUUAUUUAACUUUAACUUUAUUACCAGAAUCAAUACAUACAAUUUGA